AUGGAAAUUUCAUCCCUUCAAUUCCCAAAUUAUGAUUUCUUGCUAGACGAAUUUCGAAUAUGGGAAUUUGAUUCCGAGUUAAAUGAUCAUGAUCAUAUACCAAGAAGUUUGUCAUCUUCAGAGACUACAAAUUUCUUGAAAGGAAGUAACUACAAUAAGGUGACAUCAUAUUCCAUCAAGAGAAAAGACGCAGAUCAUAAAAAAGAAAAAAAUGAAGAAAAGCAUUACAUAGGAGUUAGAAAGAGGCCAUGGGGUAAAUAUGCGGCGGAAAUAAGGGAUUCAACAAAAAAGGGAAUUAGGGUAUGGCUAGGGACAUUUGAUACUGCUGAAGAAGCUGCUUUAGUUUAUGAUCAAGCUGCAUUUUCAAUGCGCGGUCCUUUAGCACUUCUCAAUUUUUCAACAAAAAAAGUCCAAGAAUCACUAGAAAAUAUUAAUUUAUUUAUCGAAGAUGGCUCGUCUCCAGCAGCUGCUUUAAAGGAAAGAUAUAAAAUGAGAAUGAAAAAUGUGAAGAGGAGAAAUAGGAAGAAGAAGAUGAAGAAAACAGUUUUGGUUUUUGAAGACUUGGGUGCUGACUUGUUAGAAGAACUUUUAUUAAAUUCAACAACAUAUUCAGAGUCAUUUCAGAAUUAG